AUGGCGUACCAGCCGCGGUUUGCCGUCUGUGUGAUUGUAUUCAUAUUUCUGGUGCAUGCAUUGCAUCUAACCUCCGGACAAGUUCGUUAUUCUAUUCCUGAGGAAAUGGAGCAAGGGGCGUUUGUUGGGAAUAUCGCUCAAGAUUUGGGAUUGAACAUACAGAAAUUGUCAGCUCGCAAAUUUCGACUGAGCUCUGAUGACGGAGGACGGUAUAUGAUGGUUAAUUUGGAUAAUGGGCUUUUGUCUAUUCGUGAAAGAAUCGACAGGGAACGUAUUUGUGGACAAGCAGAUAUGUAUAUACCUUUCGAAAUAAUACUGGAGAAUCCUUUGGAGGUGUAUAGCGGGGAAGUGGAGAUUCUUGAUGUAAAUGACAAUUCCCCUAGUUUUAGGGAUAACAGCAUCUUCUUACAAAUGUCCGAGGCGAUUUCACCCGGUGCACAUUUCCCUGUCAAGGUGGCGAAUGAUCCGGACAUUGGAAUAAACACGGUCGCUGCUUACACAAUCAGUUCCAAUGAUUAUUUCAGCCUAAAAACACAGAAAAGCGAGGACGCUGUUAUAAUUGCCGAGUUGCUGUUAGAGAAAUCUUUGGACCGAGAGCAGCAAUCAUCAUUUCAGCUGGUGCUAACGGCGACUGAUGAUGGGAUCCCUCAGAGAUCCGGCACAGCUCAGAUUCUGAUUACCGUACUGGACAUCAAUGAUAACCCACCGGUUUUCGAUCAGGCGAUUUACAGGAGCAGUUUAAAUGAAAAUGCACCCUUGGGAACGUUAGUGAUGAAAGUCAAAGCAAGUGAUUUGGACGAAGGAUUGAAUGCUGAGGUGACAUAUUCUUUCAGCGACCUUGCCUCACCAAGAGUACGUGAAUUGUUCAGUUUGGACACGCACACUGGGGAGAUUCGGAUUAAAGGAGGGCUAGAUUUUGAAGAAACAGACAGCUAUUCACUCAAUGUUCAAGCUGCGGACCACGGGUCCCCUGCAAUUACAGGGCACACGAAAGUGUUGGUCAAGGUAAUUGAUGUAAAUGACAACGCACCCGAGAUAAAAGUGACGUCAGCUUCAAGCCAAGUCCCGGAAAAUGCUUCGCCGGGAACUUUGAUAACAUUGAUCAAUGUUAUCGAUUCCGAUUCUGGAGAAAAUGGGGAGGUGCGCUGUGAUAUACCGAAGAAUGUCCCGUUUAGGCUUCAGUCGUCGUCGAAGAACCAUUAUAAAUUGAUUACCAGUGAACGGCUGGACCGUGAAUCUGUUCCUGUGUAUAAAAUACAUUUUUCCGCCUGGGACCUGGGGUCACCAUCACUUUCAAAUAAUAAAACCAUUCCAAUUGUAAUCUUAGAUGUAAACGAUAACGCCCCACGGUUUGCUGAGCCAUCUUACAAAGUAUAUGUGAUGGAGAACAAUGCUCCGGGAAUUUCAAUUUUCACAGUAAGUGCAACGGAUCCUGACCUCGACCAGAAUGCUCAUGUUUCCUACUCCUUUCCGGAGAAACUUAACCAAGACUUCCCAGUGUCCAAUUACCUCGGUAUUAACUCAGUGAACGGGACCAUUUACGCGCUGCGCUCUUUUGACUAUGAGGAACUCAAAACCUUCCAGAUCCAUGUUCAAGCCCGUGACGCUGGAGUGCCCCCACUGAGCAGCAGCGCUACAGUGAAUGUGAUCAUCCUGGAUCAAAAUGACAACACACCCGUAAUUGUUUCACCUUCAGCACAGAGUGGACCAGCAGCAGUAGAAAUUGUGCCCCAAUCAGUGGGCCAAGGGUACCUGGUCACCAAGAUAAUGGCAACCGAUGCAGAUUCUGGCCAGAACGCACGGCUCUUUUACCAGAUGUUGAAAUCUACCGAUCCCAGCUUGUUUAAUGUUGGGCAGAACUCAGGUGAAAUCAGAACAGCUAGAACUAUUCUGGAGUCGGAUAUCACCACACAAUCCCUUGUCAUCUUGGUGAAGGACAAUGGGCAACCGAGCCUCUCCAUCACGGUUACAAUCCACGUUUCAGUUUUGGAGAAUAGCACUGAAAGUCGCAACGUAGUAGCGAAUCCUGGAAAUAUCUCUGACCAAAAUAUUUAUUUAAUCGUCAUUUUUGGCUGCACAUCAGUUGUCUUUCUGGUGAUCAUCAUUCUGUUAAUUAGCAUCAAGUGCAAACAGGACAGGAAUACUAACCAGGGGUAUGCUUCCAGUUGUUGUUACAGACCUGGAGAUUCCGAGGACACUUAUACUCGAAGACCUGCGAUGGACGAAACUUUACGCUAUCCCGGGACUGGCCGGCUGGUCCGUGUGUCAGAUGCGCAUCAUUACUCGGUCUGCCUAUCUCCAGAAUCAGCGAAGAGUGAUUUUCUCUUUUUGAAGCCAUGUGCCUUUCCCACGUCUGAGGCGCAAUGUUGA